CUAACCGCUGUGUAAAAUGUGAAUGGAUUACAUAACCGCGACGAGUGAUCGAUAUUUCCCGUGAAAGAAUUCCAUCGCUAAGACCAGUCUUCCUUACAUCAAUAAACUUUCUCAACACUAAUUUUUCGUUGACAUUAAAAAAAAGACAGGCAACGGCUCCAAAGAUCCGCGCUAACAUACUGGCAUCGUCAUCGGACUCCGAGAGCGGUGGUGUAACCCCUCCACCGCGCAAAAAGCUCAAAACUUGUGCCAGUAUGCAGACGAACGGUACGGUUUCACAGCACAAUGGCGAGACCUUAGAUACUCUCUCGGUUCCGCUGCAAAAUGGGAAUACGGAGACAUCGAUGAACGGUGGAGUGGAAAACAAACGGAACCCUCAAAAGACCAUGUCCAAAUCAGACAUGGACAUCAUACGUUUGAUUGGGCAGCAUCUUCGUGGAUUGGGGUUAAAUCACACUGUAAAUGAGCUUAUAGCAGAGUCUGGAUGUAUGCUUGAACAUCCUGCUGCUGCCCAGUUCAGAACUAACAUCAUGAAUGGUGAAUGGAACAAGGCAGAUGAAGACCUUGAUGAUUUGAGGAUUCUGGUUGAGAAGUCUGAAAACAUUCUGGAAAUGAAAUUCCUAAUCCUGGAACAGAAGUACCUGGAGUUGUUGGAAGAUGGCCACCUGUUGGAGGCUUUACACUGCCUGAGACAUGAACUCACUCCUCUCAGAUACAACACGGAGAGAGUGCACGAGCUUAGCAGUUACAUGAUGUGCAGCAAUCCAGAGGACCUGCAUGAUAUGUCUCAGUGGAACGGUAAAGGGCAACAGACCAGACAGAAACUCGUAGAAAAACUACAAGCAUUCUUGCCACCGUCAGUGAUGCUCCCUCCUCGACGUCUCCUCACACUGCUGAACCAGGCAGUGGAGCUUCAGAAGGAGAAGUGCCCCUACCACAACACCAAGUUCUCUAAUGGCUUGGAAGACGUCUCUUUGUUCUUGGACCAUGUUUGCAGCAGGGAGCAGUUCCCAUGUCAGACAAUGCAGGUGCUCAAUGAGCACUGUGACGAUGUCUGGUUCCUACGCUUCUCUCCGGACGGUUCCAUGCUCGCCACUGGCUCUAAAGAGGGAUCACUUAUCAUCUGGGAUGUCGAUAAGGAUACUGGUACAGUGAAGUUUAAGCGAACGUUUGAUAACCCUUCAUACGGCGUGUCAUAUAUUGCCUGGAGUCCGGACUGUACAUACAUCAUAGCCUGUGGACCAGACGAAUGUGCAGAACUCUGGCUCUGGAAUGUCAUUACUGGGGAGUUGAAGGUGAAGAUGAGCCAGUCUCCGGAGGACAGUCUGACGGGCGCCGCGUGGCACAGCGACAGUAGGAAGUUUGUGACGGGGGGCACCAAGGGACAGUUUUAUCAGUGUGACCUUGAUGGUAACGUGCUUGACUCCUGGGAAGGUGUGAGAGUCCAGUGCCUCGCUUGCCAGAACGAUGGGAAACUCGUGUACGCUGCAGACACACACUUCCGCAUAAGAGCGUACAACUUUGAUGAACUUACCGAUUCCCAUUUAAUUCAAGAAACACACCCUAUUAUGUCUUUCACAUUAAAUGCAACAGGGAGGCUGUGCCUACUAAAUAUAGCACAUCAGGGUGUCCAUAUGUGGGACUUGAAGGACCGAGUGUUGGUGCGGAAGUUCCAGGGUGUCUCACAAGGCACAUAUGCAAUACAUUCAUGCUUUGGAGGUCUCAAUCAGGAUUUUGUGGCUAGUGGUAGUGAAGAUAACAAAGUGUAUAUAUGGCAUUUGCGGCGUGAAAUGCCAAUAGCAGUAUUGGAGGGCCAUUCUCGCACGGUUAAUUGUGUUCACUGGAACCCCACAGUGCCUGGCAUGCUGGCUAGUGCGUCAGAUGACGGCACUGUCAGAAUAUGGGGACCUCGACCUUCAAGUCCAUCAAAAUUAGGUUCAAAUAAAAACUGUAUAGAAUCUGGCCGCAGCACCCCUGUAUAGCAUUGACCCCCCUUGGUAGCUUCCAACAUUUCUUCGCAUCCAUCCAUCAUCAGACAUUGGCUUUCUUCAUGUGAACGCCUCUCAUCUAUGGAAAUCAGUUAUUUUCUUAUGCGAAAACCAGACUUUCAGUGACUGAAUGAAGACUUUGAUUUUUGAGUUUCCUACACUUACAUUGACAAGUUAUUUGGGCGUUUGUAUUUAAAAAUGGUUAAAGUUUGCAAAGAAAUUGAAUUUAUAAUAACAUAAUUACAUUUUUCAAGUUGUUUUUCUGGUAAGGUUUUUAUAUCAUGACGUGGGAAUAGGAGGCUUCAAGCAAUUAUCUUGUCACUAUGUAUAUAUUGGGUUGUGUUUAACACUUUUGUCCCCAGCUAGAAGUUAAAGGCUUCACUGAGGUUAAAGUUCACAUACAGCCAUAAUAUAGUUUGCUUUUGACCGUGUAAUUCACAAAUAAAAAGCCUCAUAAUAAAAUUUACUGUCAGUUAUAUGCCUAGUGUGUGCACCUCAUUAUUUAAUGUUGGGGCAUCAGUGUUUGUACCAGACAUCCUGUUAGUAAUUUACUGCAAGUUUUGGGCUUCACCGGGAUAAAUGUGAACCCACUCAAAUGUUGCAUACAUCUUUUAUCUUCAAACAUGUAGGAAUAAGGGACCUAAGUGAUAUUUCAAUUACCUCCCUUGACAAACAAACAACAAGGUAAACCACAUUUAAAUUUGUUCAAACCGUUUUGGCAUUCUCGUUUUUUCUUGUCGUUUUCCAUAUAUAUAGUGUAAUAAUAAAUUGCUUAUUUUGUAAUAUUUAUGUUAAAAUAAGCAGGAAGUAAUGGAGUAUUUUGAUAUAGAUACGUUUUAAAAGCCUGUAUUUCAAAAGCAUAUAUCUGAUAACAUAAUGAAUUGAUGACCCAAUUAAGCAAUUCACCAUUUAGAACAAUAAAAACCAAUUGAACCAAUUGUUAUGACAUAACUUUUUGUGGGGAGUAUUCAUGGGAGAUAAAUGCCUAAGAUCUCCAAUUAUUUCAUGUUAGUAUGUCAAACUAGUAUUCUAAGGAAUUGUAUACAGAGUUUUUGUUUAAGUUUGCCAUUUUUGUUUUGAAUCAAGUAUUGGAGCUGAAGAGCUUGAUGUUUUUUUUAUGAUGCCACCUCCUGCUGUUUGCAAUUAUUUUUUUCUCACAAGUCUUAUUUAACAAAAAAAAUCCACCAGUCGGAAAGUGCAAUGCUGGUCAGUCGGGGCUUGAAAAACUCUUCAAGCACAAUUACUGGUAUUUAGUCUAGUUUUCCAAAAAUAUGCUUCGUUAAUAUUUAUAUGUGAUUAUACUUUCAUAAAGUGUUUGCAUAGAAAAUCUAGUAAAUUUUCACAGCACCAAAAUAAAAGGAUUUUUCUUUGCAUACAUGUAGUUACAUUUACAGGAUCAUGUUAACAUGGUGUGAGGGCAUGGAACAUGCGUUGUUAAGUCGCAAUGUUAUUGACUUGUUGUUAUUUCAAAAACACGAUUUCAAAGAUUAAUAAAUUUAGGACUAGAAUAGAAAGUCUGUGUGUGUGGUUUUCACUUUCAUGUUCAUGUAUUUAUGUAGGGUAGUUUGAAAAAUAACCCUUUUUAAUUUUUGUGUAAUUAUGUUUUCUACAUAAACAUGUAUGUGUAUAAAAGAAUGUAUUAUUUAAGAGGGAAAAUUAUAAAUAGUGUGACUUGUAAAAUUGUGAUAGUGACAUUUAUGUAAUGUGAAUUUCGACACAGGUUACAUCUGAUUUGUGUUUUUACGAAUGCUUUUUUUGUAUAAUUUGUACAAGAUAGUGAGGUCAGCUGUUGUACGAGAGCUCAUUUUUUUAUGUAUUUGUACUAAGUAGAUAAAGCGAAUGUGUUUUUUGAUAAGUAUGUUAUAAAUUGUAGGAAUGUAGGAAUAUUUUGAGAAAAGGUUUCUGAUGAGAAUAGGGAUAUUAAAACCAUUCAUGUCAAACAAUUUAUUUGCCUUAUAUUUCCAAAUGUUUUUUGUACAUAUGAUUCAUAAGCUAAUAAUUUCCCAAAACAUAUGAUAAAGAUUGAUAGUAAUUAUUGAAAGACACUGUUUACAAUGGAUUGACCUAUCCAAAAGUUAGACAUUUACUGAUCUGUACCCUGCUGAGUAGUUGCCCUUUAAAAUAACCAUUACCCACUAAUCAGGGUCGUUUCGCCCUAAUACCUAUUUGCCAGUGAGUCGUUUCGCCCUAAUACCCGUUCGCCCUAGGUCGUUUUGCCCUAAUUCCUGAGUCAUUUCGCCAUAGUUUUCAUAUGUAUACAGCAAUACAAAAUAAUUUAUCUUUAGAUUGUCACAAGCUGAAUUCAUACUUCCUUUUGAACUUUAACAACGAUGUUUGGGGAUAAGGGGAUCAUAAACAGCACAUAACUGGCAAUCUUCAUUGUCUUCUUCAAUGUUUACCAUAUAAUUUGCACACAACAAUGUGUCUAAUAUUCUAUAAAGUUUAGGGUAAACAAGUCACCGAUACAUACAAAACAAACAAAAUCAAUAUUAAAAGUAUACUGCUUAGAGUUUAGACAAGGAAAAAAUGUUUGUAAUUCGGUUCACUGCACAUUUCUUAAGAAUACGAUUGUGUUGAGUUACUAACAACACCAACAAGACAUUACAAAUACGUGUAACAGAUCAGAUAUUCUUUUUUUAAUUAUCUGAAUAUACGGUUGUCACCAUUAACGUCUCUUUCACACUUGUGGGUGGUAUAUUUCAUGGGUAAUAUAUCUGUGUGUAAGAGUUGUGAAAGGUAUUAUAUACAACGUACUUUAAUUAAUUAUCCGAUUAAAGAUAAUCGGCAUGUUAAUUAAUCCGCUUUAAUUGUAAUUCAACCUAAAAUAAGGGCAAAACAACCCACUUGUAAGGGCAAGACAUCCCAGGGCAAAAUGACUCAGGGUGUCCUAGGGCGAACAGGUUUUAGGGCAAAACGACCUGAUUACCAUUACCCAUUUUGAACUUUGAACCGUUUGGAAGUCUUGCUUGGUUUAUAUAAACACUAGCUUUGGAAAUGAAAGCUUUUUGUCAAUAACAUCACUAUUAGCAGUGCAUUUCUAUUCAGCGGUGGUUCAAUUUAAGAUGAUAGGUUGAUUUAUUUUACUGAACUGAAUGGUUUUCUUUAAUGUUAUGCUUUUUUUAAUAUAAUAAGUCAGAGAUUGACAGAGAUGAGCCAUUGGUAAAUGAUAAAAUCUUGAGCUUUUGUAUUUGUUUCUAAAAAUAUGAUUCUGUCAUUCAGACUGUUUUUUAGUUAUUCUGAAACAUUUGCAUUUUAAAAUAAUAAAAAAAAUAUUAUGUUGAUUCAGUACUUAAGAAAUUGUUGCUUAUUGAAAAUAAAAGGAAUGUUUUCUGUCACUUAUGUUCUACAAAGAUUUUUUGUUCUCUGUAUCUCGUCCUAGAUCCAGAUCUAAUUUGUUGUGCAUACUUCUAUUAUUUUAGGAUAUUAAAAAUUGCAUUGGUGCCGCCAAUUAAAAUGUGAGCAACGUAAUGUGAAAAUAUGUCUUAUGCCAUAUUUGCAGUCUGGUCAGGAACUAAGCAUUCCCCUGGUAAGUCACCCAAGGUUUAGUUGUCUCUUUAACAGAAAUUGUAGCUUCUGACCAUACUGCACAGAUGCUAAGACUGGUCUAUAUCUACACAGACAGGAAUAUGGCAUAGGAUACAUUUUAUAUGACGUGUGUCAUAUAAUACUCAUUAUAAAUGUUCACUCCAAUUUUAAUGAAUUGCAAGAAAAAAAGUCAUUACUAAGUGUAAUUACUGUUACUGUAAAUACAGAUUAUUUACAGAAAUAUUUAUAAAUACAAAAUAGCAUGAAUUGAAUUUAUUUAUGGUGCAGAAACACACACAAAACAGGUAGUCUGUAGUAAUGACAUGAAUAUUGUCAAAAGUUUAUUUCUACAUAUUUAUUGUGAUUAUUUUAUUAUUUAUGCCAUACUACUGGCUUGAAAUAGCGAAUAGUUGUAUAGCAAAUAAAUGUUUAGAGUGUACAUAAUGAGUAGAUGCUUUGAUAUGUUUACAAUCUUAUUGUUCAAAAUAGAGCUACAGAGUAAAUAAUCUUAUACAAGUUUUGUUUUCUUUUGUUCAAAUUGAGUUGAAAAUGAAAAAUUGGAUGUUUUUGUGAGACUUUGAGAAAGUGAGUAUUUGGAACGUGAUUUUGUUCACCUAAGGUAUUUAUGUGAAACCAGAAUGUUUGUAAAUGUGUUGCUUGGAUUUUGUUUUAUUCCCUCAUGUAUUCUUUGUCUACACUAUUUUAUAAAUGACUAACAGUAAAGAUUUUAACAAAA